AUGAAUAACGUCCUCAAAUCUUGCGUUCCUGUCCCCCGGAGCAGAGAUCUUUCCGCCUUGCCCACCCCUCCGCUGGAGCAUCAGGGACAGGCUGGCCGGCCCAGACUCCACAAGCGGCGCCCUCCCUCCCAAGAGAUGCAGGAGGCAGCGCGUCCCCCCAGGCCUUGCCACAGGUUGGUCCUGGGCACCUUGGCAUGGCUCUGCCUCUGGGAGACUCUGGCGCUGGAUGACGGGCGCUGGUGCGAGAGGAUGGUGCAGGUGAUGGAGGAGGAAGUGGUCAGCCCCCGGCGGGAGGAGAUGGUGCCCUGCGCCGAUGUCUACCAGUACAACAUGGCGGGCUGGCACCUCGACCAGGACCGGAUGCGCCAGGCUCACGGCAGGGCAGAAGGCCAGACUGGCACCACCAGCAUGUGCUACAUCUACAAGCCGGAGGACACGAGACCCACGCUCUGGAACCGCACGGUGCGCGCUUGCUGUGAGGGCUGGAGCGGGCCCCAUUGCUCAGAGGGAAAGGCGUCUCUCGGCCGCUGCUUCUCCACCUGGCAAUGCCAAGACCUGCCUGGACUGCAGAACAUCUCUCUGCUGGGCAUGGAGGAGUGCUGCCAACGCCCCUGGGGGCACAGCUGGCAGAACGGCUCCUCCCAGCUCUGCUUCAGCUGCUCCCACCUGCCUCUGAAAGAUGACCUGCCCUCGCCCUUCCUGCUCCGUCCCCCGUCCCCCACGGCGCUUCUGGUCAGCUCGGCUCGGCACCGCCGGCACCGCCACCCCUUUGCCACCUGCGCCACCUGGGCCGGCUUCCACUACCGCAGCUUCGACGGCAAACACUUCCGCUUCCACGGCAGCUGCGCCUACACCUUGGCGGCCGCCUCCGAUGGCACCUGGGCCAUCUACCUGUCCGCCGGCGGCGAGGGAUGCAAGCCCGGCCACUGCCAAAAGGACCUUCGCCUGCUGUUCGGCCUCGACCUGGUUGUGGCUCAAGGACGGCGCGUAUCCGUGAACGGCGCUGCGGUGCCCGAGGGGGAGCCCCGCUUGCAGAAAGGCACCUGUUGA